AAUGCAUGAUCCGUCUGUAGCGAAGCAAGCACGAAGUACCCGCACCGAUGAGAUAUGAUGGAAAAUUCCAGCCACGCCGCGAAUGCGUGAUCCGUCGACGCCGACGCGCCUCCCUCCCGCCGACCGACACCCGCGGGCGGGUAUAUAACGCCCGCGGCCGCCGACUGCAGUCAGUCGUUCUGUGGGCACUGGGUCGGCUCGUGGGAACUCGGGCAGACGCCACCACAGAAUAGACGCUGGAGGUGUUGGAGUACGCGGCAACCCGUUGCCCCGUAACCAGCUCCGCCGUCUCUACCCUCGCGCGCGCGACACCCACCCUCGGUCGUCCGUUGAUUAGAGUCCCGCGACACGUUAGAGUUCCGCACCGCUAGAAGGGUGGUAGGUUCCGUACUGUAGCAUUUCGGAUCGCCGUGCCGAUAUACCCGCGUGUUCGAUAACGAGUGUAAAUAAAACUAGCCUGUAGCAAAAUAGGUUAAGGUUGUAAAUAAAUAAGCACGUUAGAUAGUAAUCCGGGUUUUAUUCCUCGAAACCCCCGUUCCCCGAAAUCUCGAUAGGGUAAAUCCUAAUCAAUGUACGUGGCGGAGUAGCCGACGAACCAUCGACUGCUUCACCACGUUACAUUUGGCGCCCACGUAAAUAACCCACCUGGCCGUCCGGGUUCCGCGUCGCGAAGUAGCACGCAUCAAGGUUCCGUAUAAAAUUUAAAAUAUCAGCCAUCCGGGUUCCGUAUAAAAUAAAUUGAAACAGAAACAUUAGUUACACGGGGAAAGCAAUAGUAACCGGGAAUUUGAAAAUAACUACGGAUACAAGCUCUUGCAAAGGUCGGCUCGUGGAAAUUCGGGCAGACGACAAGGGUGAAUAUCCGACCGGAAAACAUAGGACACUAUCUUAACAAAACUUAGCGCGAAUCGGAUGCAAGUUCUUGGUCGGUCGGUCACGUGGCAAUUCGGGCAGACAUAAUCAAGAACAAGCAUCCUACCGAAGGGACAACACGCAGAAAGGGGAGAGAGACACAAAAACACAGAUACACAAUAGUCGGGAGAUAAAAGAACCCCGUACCGUGUAAUUGAGAUAAAUAAAUAUAAAUCAAGUUCCGUACCGUUGAAAAUAAAUAAAGAGAAAAUAAGUUCCACACCGUGUAUAAUAGAUAAAUAGGAGAUAAGCUCCGUACCGUAUAAAAUAAAUAAAUAUUAUAAAUAAUCCGAUAACGUGUAAAUAAAUAAAUAUAAUAUAUAAAUAAAUAUAAUAUAUAAGUAAAUAGUAAUAAAUAUAAUAAGACGCAUUCCAAGACUGCACAAUGACGAGCGAAAAUCAAACAAAGGAGUUUGACAAAGCGAUAUCCCGCUGGGAUAUAUCGUUCGACACGACAGAAGAUCCGGUAGAAUUCCUAGAAAGGGUAGAAGAAUUAGCCGAUACUCUAAAAGUAAACAAAGACAAGAUAAUACACGUCAUGCCAAGAUGCCUACAAGGCCAAGCAUCACUGUGGUAUAGAAACAAUAAACAAGAUUGGAAAUCGUGGCAGGAUUUCAUAGAAUGUUUCAAAUUAUACUACUACCCUAGGAACUACGAAAAGAACCUUCUGGAAACAAUCAUUAAUAGGCAUCAAGAAGCCAAGGAAAGUUUCGUGCAGUACUUGACCGACAUACAGACUCUUAUAAGGAGAUAUGGAAAACUGACCACAGAGCAAAAACUAGAUCGGAUAUAUGACAAUAUGAGGUUUAACUACAAGUAUUACAUUAGAAGAAAGGAUUUCAAGACCAUCACAGAACUCAUACAACUGGCAGGGGAUUAUGAAAAUAUAAACGCAAACCGGGACAAAGAAAAUCAUGAAAAACCGACGUGCCCAUUGCAACGAAGACAUAACCAGCCAAGCUCAAAAUGCGAAGAAAAAGCGGACAAAUCCAGCAAAGCCAAAUCUCAAGCAUAUACAAUACACACGCAAACAGAAAAAGACAACAGAAUAUUCACCGAAGUAAAGAUACAUGGAAAAUUAUUUAAAGCUCUCGUGGACACGGGUUCGACAAAGACAUACAUCAAUAAGGAAAUUAUGGACCAGAUUAAAGAAUACAGCCAGGGAAUAGUCAAUAAGAAAACAACGAUAAAGUUGGCAGACGGAUCCCAAAUAACGACAGACAAAGCCAUAAACUUAGAUUUAGAGGUAAACGGAAAAGUCUUGUCACAUCAGGUUGUAUAUUUGCCAUCGACGACGGUCAUGAUCAUGGGUAUGGACCUACUGAAAAGGCUAGAACUCACAAUAGGAUGGAAGACGUCGUUCGAACAAGCAAAGAGAACAAGGUCAAAAAGAAAAAACACAAAAGCCGACGAAGCGUCACGAAACCACGUAUGCACAACGACAGUAGAAGAGAAAGAUUGGUACACAAAAAAGCUAGCAAAGGUUACGAAGACACCCGAGUCACAAACCGAUUACUGCAUACGCAACGGCAAGCUAUAUAGGCGAAUAAGAAACCCACGAUACGGAGGGUACCUAGAUCCAUCAACCGAAUGGAAGUUAUGCACAAAACAUUCCGAUAAAGAAAACAUUUUAAAAUAUAACCAUGACGAACCAAAUACCGAACACUUAGGAACGUCAAAGACUUUUAAGAAAAUAGCACAACGCUAUUAUUGGCCCGGGAUUUUUAGAGACGUAAAGAAAUACGUAAACCGUUGUGAAACAUGUCAGAAACACAAAAGUACACAAAACAAAAAACUGGGACUAAUGUACAUGAAAAAACGCGGAAGAGCCGUGGGAGGUAGUCACAACAGACUUCAUCGGCCCGCUACCACGUUCCUCAAAGGGACACCAGUGGAUCAUCGUUUUUCACGACAAAUUCACAAAAUGGUCAGAAGUAAAAGCCUUGAGGACUGCAACGACGAGCGUGGUAGUCAACGCCCUAAAAGAAUGCAUUUUAACAAGAUAUGGGGGAAUAAAAACUUUGUUAACCGUUCAACGCAUGAUAAGCAACAAGAUAAAUCAGUACAAUGGAACUACCACACCGAUAAUCAAAAUGGACACCGAAUACAUCAGAAGAAAAGGGGGAAAACACCGGGACAUACGCUAAGAUCCGUUCACUAUAAAAGGGUAGAAAACACCAACACACCGAAAACCAGAAAAUAUGAAGAAUAGUGAACGCGAAAUGAACAAAAAUCAGGGAUCAUAACCGAAACAACCGGUCCAGUGGAAACGUAGAUCACUGGCCACAAGAAGCAAAUCAGAAACUACCCGUAACGAAAAAAAUUUUUUACAUUCAAACAGUACAAAGUGUACAAGGGGAAAAGAGAUAAUACAAAUUAAAUUCAGAAUACCCUCAACUAGGCAAAAAGAAAAAUUAACCUAUAAAUAUAUCAGUAAAACUAGUUUAACGGUUGAGGGGCUGCAGGCACGAAUUCUGUUUUUAUAGCUGUGACUUUUCCAGGUAAAAGUCUCCAUUCCCGGGAGGAGGAUGUAGCGAAGCAAGCACGAAGUACCCGCACCGACGAGAUAUGAUGGAAAAUUCCAGCCACACAGCGAA